AUGAUGACCGAGUUGUGCGUACAGAGUGUUGUACAAAGUAAAGAAGCAGUCAGUGUACGUCGACAGUGUUUCUUCGUUUUGGCCCUUUCAAUAAAAGGACAAAAAACAGAAGAACAUUGUCAUUAUGUAGUGGUUAAUGAUAGCGGUGAUUAUGGAGAUGGUGAUUUUAAUGGUAGCGUAUUGACGACGACGACAACGACGACGACGCAUAUCCUCGUGCUACAUCCAUCCAUUCGUCCAUCUAUUCAUCCAUCCAUCCAUCCAUCUAUCUAUCUAUCUAUCUAUCUAUCUAUCAGUCAGUCUGCUCCUUCAUCUAUCCAUUCGUGUACUUAUCAGUCUAUCGUCUAUUUGUUUGUAAGCUUUUAUUUUAUUCAAUGCUGUUUUUUUUUUUUUACAAUCUUUAUGUUCACAUCAAUCUAUGUCUGCAUAAUGUUCCUAUGUGAAGAUGUG